UCCCCGUCGGCGAUAAGGCGUCCGUGGCGGGGCAUUUCAGUGUUGAGGACCCCACUUACACGCCAUUCUCGACAGCUUUGUGAGCUAUGAAAUUACAAAGCAAGGCUAUGUCUGGAGCCUCGUCUUUUGUCAUUCGUGCUCUUUGCUUGCGCGAUAUUCAUGUCUUUCCACCAUUGAACAAUCCAUCACUGUGAAAUUUGGCCACCACCAACAAUCACAACAACCAUCAUGGCAGCCCCAGCGAUUAGCAAACGGGGGAUCCGCAUAGCGAUUGAUCGCGGCGGCACCUUUACAGAUUGCGUGGGCAAUCCCGGCUCCGGCAAGAUGGAAGACGACGUCGUCAUCAAGCUGCUCUCUGUCGACCCAGCAAACUACGCCGAUGCGCCACUCGAAGGCAUUCGUCGCCUGCUCUCGCAUUUCACUGGCACUGAGAUUCCACGCGGCGAGCCUCUCGACACGAGCAAGAUUGAGAGCAUACGCAUGGGCACGACGGUGGCGACCAACGCCCUGCUGGAACGCAAAGGCGAGGACAUUGCCAUGGUUGUGACCAAGGGGUUCAAGGACUGCCUGGCCAUUGGGAAUCAAAGCCGUCCAGACAUCUUCGCGCUGGACAUCAGGAAGCCCGAGGUGUUGUACAAGAGCGUGGUAGAGAUUGACGAGCGCGUCACGCUGGAGGACUACGCCGAGGACCCAGAGAGAAACGUCACCGACGCCCUGUCGAUAGAGGAAGCGGGAGGGGAUGCUGAGCUCGUCAAGGGCUUGUCAGGCGAGACAGUGCGCAUACUGCAGAGACCACAGGAAGACGCGAUAAGACGGCAGUUGCAGGACGUCUACGAUAGCGGGCUGAGGAGUAUUGCCGUAUGUCUGAUGCACGGCUACACAUACCCCAACCACGAGGCUCUCAUCGGCAAAAUCGCUAAAGAAAUCGGCUUCGAGCAUGUCAGUCUCAGUCACGAGCUCAUGCCCAUGAUCAAGCUGGUCCCCCGCACCACCUCAGCCUGCGCCGACGCAUAUCUCACCCCUGCCAUCCGAAAGUACAUCGACGGCUUCUCCGCCGGCUUUGCGGGCGGCCUAGGCACGAAAAGCGUCAAGCGUGAAGAAGGGUCCAAGGGUGCGCGAUGCGAGUUCAUGCAAUCUGAUGGCGGUCUGGUAGACGUGGACAGCUUCUCGGGCCUGAAAGCUAUUUUGUCAGGACCCGCAGGUGGAGUGGUAGGGUAUGCGCUGACGAGCUACGAUCCCGAGACCAAGAUCCCCGUCAUAGGCUUUGACAUGGGCGGCACAAGUACAGACGUUAGCCGUUACGGCGCUGGGCGCUACGAUCACGUCUUCGAAACAACAACAGCAGGUGUCACGAUCCAGUCUCCACAGCUGGAUAUCAACACUGUCGCAGCAGGUGGUGGAUCACGUCUAUUCUGGAAGAACGGCCUCUUCGUUGUAGGCCCCGAGUCUGCAAGCGCCCACCCAGGUCCAGCAUGCUACCGUAAAGGCGGGCCGCUGGCUAUCACAGAUGCCAAUCUCUUCCUCGGGCGCCUACUGCCAGACUUCUUCCCUAAGAUUUUCGGCAAGAACGAAGACGAGCCACUUGAUGCAUCGGCAAGCGAACACCUUUUUAAGGAACUUGCCGCUCAAAUCAACGCCGAAAUCGCAGGAGAUGAUAAAGAGAAGGAGAUGUCCCUCGACGACAUAGCACAUGGCUUCAUCAAAAUCGCCAAUGAGACCAUGACACGGCCUAUACGCAGUCUGACGGAAGCUCGCGGCCACGACACAUCAAAGCACCGACUCGCAACAUUUGGAGGUGCAGGAGGUCAGCAUGCCGUUGCGAUCGCCGAAGCCCUCGGCAUUUCGCAGAUUUUAAUCCACAGAUACUCCUCCGUACUCUCAGCAUACGGCAUGGCCCUCGCCGACGUUGUAGACGAGCGUCAAGAGCCCGAAAGCCGUGCCUGGUCUGAUGAGGCAGAAACUCGGACAUACCUACAGCACAAGAUGUCUGAGCUCAAAGCUAAGUCUUCGGCGCGAUUGAAUGAACAGGGAUUCGAUGGUGAGCAUGUCGAGUUCGAGGAGUAUCUCAAUCUCAGAUACCGUGGCACGGAAUCUGCUCUCAUGAUCAUCAAACCUACGAAGGAGGAGGCGGACAAGUCGUUUGAUGGUGACGAUUGGGCGUUCGGCAAAGCAUUCGUUCAGCAGCACGAGCAGGAGUUUGGGUUCACGCUUCCGGAUCGGGAUAUCAUCGUUGACGACGUUAGGGCUCGAGGGAUUGGCAAGUCGUUUAAGGGGUUGGAAAAAAGCGUUGACCAACAGCUUCGUGACAUCACGACCAAGGAUCUCAAGGGAGAGGAGAAGAGAUUUGACGAGAGAAGUGUAUUCUUUGAGGGCGGGCGGCAGAAAACAUCGGUCUACAAGCUUGAGGACCUUGACGUGGGUGAUCGAGUGAAAGGGCCGGCCAUUAUCGCAGAUGGUACGCAAACCAUUGUUGUCACACCGGGAGCUAGUGCACUUGUCCUCCAGACACAUGUUGUCAUCAACAUUGGCGAGAGUACUGGCGACGAGAAACAGGUCAGCACGAAGGAGGUGGAUCCCAUUUUACUCAGCAUCUUCGCGCACCGCUUCAUGGCGAUUGCGGAGCAGAUGGGUCGUGCACUACAGAAGACGAGCGUGAGUACAAACGUCAAAGAACGACUGGAUUAUUCUUGUGCGCUGUUUGACGCGGAUGGUGGUCUGGUUGCCAAUGCACCCCAUCUGCCCGUCCACCUUGGUAGCAUGUCGACUUGCGUGCGCAAACAAGCCUCCAUUUGGAAGGGCAAGUUGAAGCGCGGCGACGUUCUCGUCUCCAAUCAUCCCAUGUACGGCGGCACGCACCUUCCCGAUAUCACCGUCAUAACCCCCGCAUUCUCCGGCGACAACAUCAUCUUCUAUGUUGCGUCUCGCGCCCACCACGCAGACAUUGGCGGUAUUCUGCCCGGCUCCAUGCCCCCGCACUCUCGUGAACUGUUCCAGGAAGGUGCAGCCAUUAAAUCGGAGAAGUUGGUCUCCGAAGGCCACUUCAAUGAGAAACGCAUCACAGAACUGCUUCUUGAUGAGCCUGGACAGCAUCCUGGGUGCAGUGGAACAAGAUGUCUGAGCGACAACCUCAACGAUCUCAAGGCACAAGUCGCCGCGAACCAGAAGGGUAUCUCCUUGAUUAGCACCUUGAUGUCCGACUACGGCGAGAAGGUAGUGGACUUCUACAUGACGUCCAUCCAGCUCAACGCCGAACAGUCGGUCCGCCAGCUCCUCCGCAAAGUACAUCAGCGGUUCGAAGGUCAAGACCUUUCUGCUGAAGAAUUCAUGGACGACGGGUCGCCCAUCCGUCUGCGAGUCUCAAUCGACCCCGAUAAGGGCGAAGCAGUCUUCGAUUUCGAGGGUACGGGCCGAGAGGUGUACGGGAACCACAACGCGCCCGAGGCCGUCACAUACUCCGCCAUCAUCUACUGUCUGCGCUGUCUAGUAGGCGAGGACAUUCCACUGAACCAAGGAUGUCUAAAGCCCAUCACCGUGAAGAUCCCACCCAAGAGUUUCCUCAGCCCAAGCGACAACGCUGCAGUAGUCGGCGGCAACGUCCUAACCUCGCAGCGCGUCACCGACGUCGUUCUCAAAGCUUUCAACGCCUGCGCCGCCUCUCAAGGUGACACAAACAACCUGACCUUCGGCUUUGGCGGGACGUCCUUCAGCGGCGAGGGUGGUGUCGGCGGCGAACGAAAGGAAACAAAGGGUUUCGGUUACUACGAAACUAUCUCCGGCGGCUCAGGCGCGGGGCCCACAUGGAACGGCACGAGCGGAGUUCACACGCACAUGACCAACACGCGCAUUACCGACAGCGAGGUCUUCGAACGCCGAUACCCCGUUUUGCUACGCGAGUUUUCCCUGCGAGAGGACAGUGCGGGCCAGGGUCAACACAAGGGCGGCGAGGGCGUCAUCAGAGAUAUCGAGUUCCGCCGCGCGGUGCAAGUCUCUAUUCUCAGCGAGCGUCGCGUAUACCAUCCGUAUGGGUUGGAGGGCGGUGGAGACGCCGCGUGUGGACUCAACAUCUGGGCGCGGAAGGUGGAGAAACGCGGGGAUGAGGCGGAUGCAGGGGAUGGUAAGAAAGAGGUGGAGUUCCGCUACAUCAAUCUCGGUGGAAAGAAUACAGCGGCUAUGCAGCCCGGUGAACGCAUUAUCAUCCAUACACCGGGUGGUGGCGGUUGGGGCAAGUCGGGCGAGAGUAGUUCGGUGGAGAGCAAGACGGAUCCAAGAGCGGCGUGGAGGGGCGGGAGUGUGGGUGAGCGCAUGAGGGCUGGGGAGGCUUCUUCUUGAAGUGCUGGUACUGUUGUGGCAGAUAAUCUAAAACGUUAGAUUUAGUCAAUGUACCUUGAUA